UUAUAUUCGCCUGUUUUUCUAUUUGUCUUCACUUAGUUUAGGAAGUCAUGUCCUCCGGCAUGUGCGUGUCCCUGAACACCGGAGCCCAGAUGCCCCUCUUAGGCCUGGGCACCUAUAAACUGAUGGGGGCAGAAGCUGUGUUCCAAGCUGUGGAUGCGGCAUUGGCUGCUGGAUAUCGCUCCUUCGACAGUGCUGCUGUGUACCGCAAUGAGGCCGAUUUAGGACGAGCGCUGAAAGAGUUACUGCCCAAGUAUGGGCUCACCAGAGAGGACGUGUUCAUAACCAGUAAACUGGGUCCUAAAGACCAGGGUGCGGGGGCCAUGGAGGGAGCUUUGCGCAGCCUGUCAGAGCUGGAUAUGUGCUGGAUCGACCUGUACCUGAUCCACUGGCCCGGCACACAGGGGCUGGAGGUGACAGACCAGAGGAACCCUGACAACAGAGCAGCCAGCUGGGCAGCGCUGGAGGAGCUGCACGUCCAGGGGAAGCUCAAGGCCAUUGGAGUGUCCAACUACACCCCUGCCCACAUGAGGGCGCUGAUGAAGAGCUGCAAAGUCCCCCCUGCUUUGCUACAGGUUGAGUUCCACCCACGCCUGGGCCAGCCUGAGCUCCGAGCGCUGUGUACUAAGUUUGGGGUGUUCUUCCAGGCCUAUACUUCUCUGGCAAGAGGGGAGCUGUUCAGUGACCCUGUGGUGCUGGAGGUGGCCAAAGCGUGUAACCGAACCCCUGCACAGGUUCUUUUGCGCUGGGCUGUGCAGCAGAAUAUUGGAGUUCUACCUAAGUCAUCCAGUCCUGAGCGAAUAAAGACCAACGCCACCAUCUUUGACUUCUUCCUGAGUGACGAGGACAUGAACAAGCUGAGCAGCCUGGACUGUGGACAGCGCUUCUGCUGGGACCCCUCACAUGUGGUCUGACCUCCACUGCACUAGCUCUGGUUGUAUAGUGCAACAG